CUAUCAAAUAAAGAUGUAACAAGGGUGACAAGGCACCACCACCUUUCUUUUCCACUGGUUUAUGCACACUAUUCUUCCCAUUUUCAUGUCACCAAAACCCUCUCAUUUUCAAUGUCUACAUCCUUAAAACAACACCACCACCACCACCAUUCCAACACUCACUCACCACAACCCAAAAUGGACCCAAUACCCAAAACCCACAACCAAGAUUUGAACUUGAAAGCCACCGAGUUAAGACUCGGUCUGCCUGGUUCUGAGUCACCUGAAAGAACCACUAUUGGUGGUGCCAAGAACCCUAAUUUGGUCUCAGGAGCCAAAAGGGGUUUCUCAGAUACCAUUAAUUUUGUUAAAAAUGGUGCCUUUUUGGCUGAAAACAAGAAUAAUACUUCUGGGAAAGAUACUGCUGUUUCAUCUUCACCUAAAGUUCCUGUUGCUGCUUCAAAGGCACAAGUUGUGGGAUGGCCUCCAAUUCGGUCUUUUCGAAAGAAUUCAAUGGCUGCUAAAAACACGAAGAACGAAGAUGACCCGAAUGCCGAAAUCGGAUCAUGUGUUUAUGUGAAAGUUAGUAUGGAUGGAGCUCCAUAUUUGAGGAAAGUGGAUCUUAAGAUCUAUUCAAGUUAUCAGGAUCUUUCUUUGGCUUUAGAGAAAAUGUUUAGUAGCUUCACCCUUGGUCAAUACGGUACUCACGGGUCGAGUGAAAACCCAUUGAUGAAUCUUCUGAACGGUUCUGAAUAUGUACUAACUUACGAAGACAAAGAUGGUGACUUGAUGCUCGUUGGAGAUGUUCCCUGGGAUAUGUUUACUGGAACUUGUAAGAGGAUGCGGAUCAUGAAGAGUUCAGAUGCAAUCGGCUUAGCCCCUCGAGUCGCAGACAAAUGCAAAAGCGGUAACUAGUCGCAAACAUUCAAUCUGACGACCCGACACUUGGAUUUCUAUAGUUUUCAUCUUAUGAUUCUUGUGAAGUGAUAAUGUUCAUUUUAUUCCAUUUUUCAUUUUGUGUGUCCCAUUUUUAGGCUUAUGGGGGCAUAGACACUUAUAUAUAUAUAUAUUAUAUAUAAAAAGAUAUAAAUAUGUACCCUAGAUAUGUAAUUGUUAAUAUGGAUGUUUUAGCAUAAGCUACUACUUGUACCUUGUGCUUGUUUGUGUGUACUCUAGAUUUUGCAAAAUCCCAUUGUUAGAUUCCACAUGUGUUUGUUGUACUCAUUUA